UGCCGGGGGGCGGCCGCCGCUGCCCAGGGAGGCACGCAGAGGCGCCGAGAGCGCUCCCCGGCGGGUCCCCCGCGCACUCGCCGCGCCCGGGCAGCGGCCCGACCGGGCGAGCAUGGGCGGCGCGGAGUGACGCCGCCGUGCCCGCUUGGCAUCAAGGACAUUCAGCCCGCGGGGGUGGGGACGAAGGGGGGCAGCCCCGCGUCGCCACCGCAGCCCCCGAGAGCCGCGACUGCUGCUGCGGCUCCGGGGCCGGGUGGAGGAAAGGGGCGCUUGGAAUCGAUCCACAUUUUCCGACCUUUUUGUUGGACAUUCUGCCCACCUUGGACGCUGCAAGAGGAGCUGUCAAGCCCCGCAGGCUCUGAUUUCGCCCUCGGUUUUCCUUGCCUCCUCCGGGUUCCCUGUGCCUCGGUGGAGUAUUUGCGUUCGGGGCUGGGGCUGGAGGAGGCAGCCACACGCGCGCACACGCACACGUUCAGAGGAGGGCGAGAGGCAGCGGCACAGGCACCAUCUGCAGUGUCAAUGCGGCGCUCCCGCUGAAGGAGGCGAAAGCGGCGCUUCCAGGGAGCCUCCACUCCUGCGUCCUGGCCCUCCAAGGAGCCCGCUGUGCCAAGAGCUACCGUGCUACAAGGACCCGUCUCUGAAAUGAAAGCCAUGCCUUGGAACUGGACUUGCCUGCUCUCCCAUCUCCUGAUGGUGGGGAUGGGCUCCUCUACUCUGCUCUCCCGGCAGCCACCCCCGCUGUCCCAGAAGCGGUCUUUUGUCACAUUCCGUGGGGAGCCAGCUGAGGGCUUCAACCACCUGGUGGUGGAUGAAAGGACAGGGCACAUUUACUUGGGGGCCGUCAACCGGAUCUACAAGCUCUCCAGUGACCUGAAGGUCUUGGUGACCCACCAGACAGGGCCAGACGAGGACAACCCCAAGUGUUACCCACCCCGCAUCGUCCAGACAUGCAACGAGCCCCUGACCACCACCAACAAUGUCAACAAGAUGCUCCUAAUAGACUACAAGGAGAACAGGCUGAUUGCUUGUGGGAGCCUCUAUCAAGGCAUUUGCAAGCUCCUGAGGCUGGAGGACCUCUUCAAGCUGGGGGAGCCAUUUCACAAGAAGGAACACUACCUGUCGGGAGUCAACGAGAGCGGUUCUGUCUUUGGAGUGAUCGUCUCCUAUAGCAACCUGGACGACAAGCUCUUCAUUGCCACUGCGGUGGAUGGGAAGCCAGAAUAUUUCCCUACCAUCUCCAGCCGGAAGCUGACCAAGAACUCGGAGGCAGAUGGCAUGUUCGCUUACGUCUUCCACGAUGAGUUUGUGGCCUCGAUGAUUAAGAUCCCUUCGGACACCUUCACUGUCAUCCCCGACUUCGAUAUCUACUACGUCUAUGGCUUCAGCAGUGGCAACUUUGUCUACUUUUUGACCCUUCAGCCUGAGAUGGUGUCUCCCCCGGGCUCUACCACAAAGGAACAGGUUUAUACAUCCAAGCUCGUGAGGCUUUGCAAGGAAGACACCGCGUUCAACUCCUACGUGGAGGUGCCCAUCGGCUGCGAGCGCGGUGGGGUGGAGUACCGCUUGCUGCAGGCCGCCUACCUGUCCAAAGCCGGAGCCGUGCUCGCCCAGACCCUCGGAGUCCAUUCAGAGGACGACCUCCUUUUCACUGUCUUCUCCAAAGGCCAGAAGCGGAAAAUGAAAUCCCUGGAUGAGUCAGCCCUGUGCAUCUUCAUCUUGAAGCAGAUCAAUGACCGCAUUAAGGAGCGGCUGCAGUCUUGCUACCGGGGCGAGGGCACACUGGACCUGGCCUGGCUCAAGGUGAAGGACAUUCCCUGCAGCAGUGCGCUCUUAACCAUUGAUGAUAACUUCUGUGGCCUGGAUAUGAAUGCGCCCCUGGGCGUGUCGGAGAUGGUGCGUGGCAUUCCUGUUUUCACGGAGGACAGGGACCGCAUGACUUCUGUUAUUGCAUACGUCUAUAAGAAUCACUCUCUGGCCUUCGUGGGCACAAAAAGCGGCAAGCUGAAGAAGAUCCGGGUGGAUGGGCCCAGGGGCAACGCCCUCCAGUAUGAGACGGUACAGGUGGUAGACCCCGGCCCCGUCCUCCGGGACAUGGCCUUCUCCAAGGACCACGAGCAACUCUACAUCAUGUCAGAAAGGCAGCUCACCAGGGUCCCUGUGGAGUCCUGUGGUCAGUACCAGAGCUGCAGCGAGUGCCUUGGCUCCGGCGAUCCCCACUGCGGCUGGUGUGUGCUCCACAACACGUGCACCCGGAAGGAGCGCUGUGAGCGGUCCAGAGAGCCCCGCAGGUUUGCCUCCGAGAUGAAGCAGUGUGUCCGGCUGACCGUCCACCCCAGCAACAUCUCCGUUUCUCAGUACAAUGUUCUGCUGGUCCUGGAGACAUACAAUGUCCCGGAGCUGACAGCUGGCGUCAACUGCACCUUUGAGGACCUGUCAGAGAUGGAUGGGCUGGUGAUAGGCAAUCAGAUCCAGUGCUACUCCCCGGCAGCCAAGGAGGUACCUCGGAUAAUCACAGAGAAUGGGGACCACCAUGUUGUCCAGCUUCAGCUCAAGUCGAAGGAGACAGGCAUGACCUUCGCCAGCACCAGCUUUGUCUUCUACAACUGCAGCGUCCACAACUCGUGCCUGUCUUGCGUGGAGAGCCCAUACCGCUGCCACUGGUGUAAAUACCGGCAUGUCUGCACCCAUGACCCCAAGACCUGCUCCUUCCAGGAAGGCCGAGUGAAGCUGCCUGAGGACUGCCCCCAGCUGCUGCGAGUGGACAAGAUCCUGGUGCCCGUGGAGGUGAUCAAGCCCAUCACUCUGAAGGCCAAGAACCUGCCGCAGCCGCAGUCCGGGCAGCGCGGGUAUGAAUGCAUUCUCAACAUCCAGGGCAGCGAGCAGAGGGUGCCCGCCCUGCGCUUCAACAGCUCCAGCGUGCAGUGCCAGAACACCUCUUAUUCCUAUGAAGGGAUGGAGAUCAACAACCUGCCCGUGGAGCUGACGGUCGUGUGGAACGGGCACUUCAAUAUUGACAACCCAGCUCAGAAUAAAGUUCACCUCUACAAGUGUGGAGCCAUGCGUGAGAGCUGCGGGCUGUGCCUCAAGGCGGACCCAGACUUCGAGUGCGGCUGGUGCCAGGGCCAGGCGCAGUGCACCCUGCGGCAGCACUGCCCCAUCCACGAGAGCCAGUGGCUGGAGCUGUCGGGCGCCAACAGCAAGUGCACAAACCCCCGCAUCACCGAGAUAAUCCCAGUGACAGGCCCCCGUGAAGGCGGUACCAAGGUCACCAUCCGAGGGGAGAACCUGGGCCUGGAAUUCCGGGACAUCGCCUCCCAUGUCAAGGUGGCCGGUGUGGACUGCAGCCCUCUGGUGGACGGCUACAUCCCUGCAGAACAGAUCGUGUGUGAAAUGGGGGAGGCCAAGCCCAGCCAGCACGCCGGCUUCGUGGAGAUCUGUGUGGCCGUGUGCCGGCCCGAGUUCAUGGCCCGGUCUUCGCAGCUCUAUUACUUCAUGACACUGACUCUCUCAGACCUGAAGCCCAGCCGGGGACCCAUGUCCGGGGGCACCCAAGUGACCAUCACAGGCACCAACCUGAACGCAGGCAGCAAUGUGGUGGUGAUGUUCGGGAAGCAGCCCUGCGUCUUCCACAGGCGCUCUCCGUCCUACAUCGUCUGCAACACCACAUCCUCAGAUGAGGUGCUGGAGAUGAAGGUGACGGUGCAGGUGGACAGGGCCAAGAUCCACCAGGACCUGGUCUUCCAGUACGUGGAGGAUCCCACCAUCGUGCGGAUCGAGCCAGAGUGGAGCAUCGUCAGUGGAAACACACCCAUCGCCGUGUGGGGGACCCAUCUGGACCUCAUACAGAACCCCCAGAUCCGUGCCAAGCAUGGGGGGAAGGAGCACAUCAAUCUCUGUGAGGUUCUGAACUCUACUGAGAUGACCUGCCAGGCUCCGGCCCUCGCUCUGGGGCCCGACCACCAGUCCGACCUCACGGAGAGACCCGAGGAGUUUGGCUUCAUCCUGGACAACGUGCAGUCCCUGCUAAUCCUCAACAAGACCAACUUCACCUACUAUCCCAACCCUGUGUUUGAGGCCUUUGGUCCCUCGGGAAUCCUGGAGCUCAAGCCCGGCACGCCCAUCAUCCUAAAGGGCAAGAACCUGAUCCCGCCUGUGGCUGGGGGCAAUGUGAAGCUGAACUACACUGUGCUGGUCGGGGAGAAGCCCUGCACCGUGACCGUGUCGGAUGCACAGCUGCUCUGCGAGUCCCCCAAUCUCAUCGGCAGGCACAAAGUGAUGGCCCGUGUCGGUGGCAUGGAGUACUCCCCGGGGAUGGUGUACAUCGCCCCAGACAGCCCUCUCAGCCUGCCCGCAAUCGUCAGCAUCGCAGUGGCAGGUGGCCUCCUCAUCAUCUUCAUCGUGGCCGUGCUCAUCGCCUACAAACGCAAGUCCCGAGAAAGCGAUCUCACGCUGAAGCGGCUGCAGAUGCAGAUGGACAACCUGGAGUCCCGCGUGGCCCUGGAGUGCAAGGAAGCCUUUGCCGAGCUGCAGACGGACAUCCAUGAGUUGACCAGUGACCUGGACGGAGCUGGGAUUCCCUUCCUGGACUACAGAACCUACACCAUGCGGGUGCUGUUCCCGGGGAUUGAAGACCACCCUGUCCUCCGGGACCUCGAGGUUCCGGGCUACCGGCAGGAGCGCGUGGAGAAAGGCCUGAAGCUCUUUGCCCAGCUCAUCAACAACAAGGUGUUCCUGCUCUCCUUCAUCCGCACGCUCGAGUCGCAGCGCAGCUUCUCCAUGCGCGACCGCGGCAACGUGGCCUCGCUCAUCAUGACGGUGCUGCAGAGCAAGCUGGAGUAUGCAACCGACGUGCUGAAGCAGCUGCUGGCCGACCUCAUCGACAAGAACUUGGAGAGCAAGAACCACCCCAAGCUGCUGCUCAGGAGGACCGAGUCGGUGGCCGAGAAGAUGUUGACCAAUUGGUUCACUUUCCUGCUGUACAAGUUCCUCAAGGAGUGCGCCGGGGAGCCCCUCUUCUCCCUGUUCUGUGCCAUCAAGCAGCAGAUGGAGAAGGGGCCCAUCGACGCCAUCACGGGAGAGGCCCGCUACUCGCUGAGCGAGGACAAACUCAUCCGCCAGCAGAUCGACUACAAAACCCUGGUCCUGAGCUGUGUCAACCCAGACAGUGCCAACAGCCCCGAGGUCCCAGUGAAGAUCCUCAACUGUGACACCAUCACUCAGGUCAAGGAGAAGAUUCUGGAUGCCAUCUUCAAGAAUGUGCCCUGCUCCCACCGGCCCAAGGCUGCAGACAUGGACCUGGAGUGGCGACAAGGAAGCGGGGCGAGGAUGAUCCUGCAGGAUGAAGACAUCACCACCAAGAUAGAGAAUGACUGGAAGAGACUGAACACCCUGGCCCAUUACCAGGUGCCAGAUGGUUCCGUGGUGGCGUUAGUGUCUAAGCAGGUGACAGCCUAUAAUGCAGUGAACAACUCCACAGUCUCCAGGACCUCAGCGAGUAAAUAUGAAAACAUGAUCCGGUACACGGGCAGUCCCGACAGCCUCCGCUCGCGCACGCCCAUGAUCACCCCCGACCUGGAGAGCGGAGUCAAGAUGUGGCACCUGGUGAAGAACCACGAGCAUGGGGACCAGAAGGAGGGUGACCGGGGGAGCAAGAUGGUGUCUGAAAUCUAUCUGACACGACUACUGGCCACUAAGGGCACGCUGCAAAAGUUCGUGGACGACCUGUUUGAGACCAUCUUCAGCACGGCGCACCGUGGCUCCGCCCUGCCCCUGGCCAUCAAGUACAUGUUUGACUUCCUGGAUGAGCAGGCCGACAAACAUGGCAUUCACGACCCGCACGUCCGCCACACCUGGAAGAGCAACUGCCUACCGCUGCGGUUUUGGGUCAACAUGAUCAAGAACCCCCAGUUUGUGUUUGACAUCCAUAAGAACAGCAUCACGGACGCCUGCCUGUCUGUGGUGGCCCAGACCUUCAUGGACUCCUGCUCCACGUCGGAGCACCGGCUGGGCAAGGACUCCCCCUCCAACAAGCUGCUCUACGCCAAGGACAUCCCCAGCUACAAGAACUGGGUGGAGAGGUAUUACUCAGACAUCGGGAAGAUGCCUGCCAUCAGUGACCAGGACAUGAAUGCGUAUCUGGCUGAGCAGUCCCGGAUGCACAUGAAUGAGUUCAACACCAUGAGCGCGCUCUCGGAGAUUUUCUCCUACGUGGGCAAGUACAGCGAGGAGAUCCUCGGACCUCUGGACCACGACGACCAGUGUGGGAAGCAGAAACUGGCCUACAAACUAGAACAAGUCAUAACCCUCAUGAGCUUAGACAGCUGAGAACCGUCCUUCCAGGGCCCCCUGGAGGGAGGGACACACCAAGCCGUGCCUCAGUCUAGAUUUUCAUCUUUACCAAGUGCAAGUUCCGACUGGCAUCAGCAGCAUCCCCUAAGCAGCGCUGUCUCUCUCUCUCUGCCUUUUUCCGUCUCUCCCUCCUUCCUGGAUCCCUUCUCUUUCACUUGCUCUGCCGACACAAUUGAACCAAGCCACCAACCCUCAGUUAGUCCAGGAUGGCCAGGCCCACAGCAAGGGGGAUCUCUUUCCCAGAUGACCCCAUGCAUCCGCAGCAGGGCCCAAACGUGGAUGAGGAGCCAUGGAUAGAGGAUGUUUCUAUGCUGCUACUUCCCCUUCCCCUUCUUGAGGGCCCCCACAUUGGUCCAAGCCUUGGCUGGGGAAGAGGCAAUGAGCUCAGUAUUAUCUUUGCUGGGAAGACAUCACCUGGCUCUCCCCACAUUUCUGUCUCCAAGGGUCAGUCAGUGGUAUGGUCCCUUUGCAACUGUGAGAAGAAAGGCCACAGCUCCUGCAUGUGGCUGGAGUUGGGGGGUGCCUGUGAGGAUUUGGGAGGUGCCCUGCAAGCUGCCUCUCACUUGUUGGGUUGGCCUCCAGAGGCCUCCUUGUCCCCUUCCAGUCUUCUUGGGGCUCUUCAAGUGCCCAUAGGGACCUGCCUGCCUAUCUCCUCCCCUGCCUGUGGAAAGCCAGACAGGAAAAAGAAUAGCAGUUACAUUCCACCAUGGAGAUGCUCCUAACCUUAUAAUCUGGCUCGUAGUGGCAGAGGUACAACAUGGAGGGGGUGGAAGGAAAGAGAGUUGCAUCUAACCUGGAAGCAGAAUUUGUUGUUUUCCAUUCAUCCCCAAAUGCAAAUGAAUCACGACCAUAGUCAUAGGUCUAAUCCAUUGCCAGAUCCUCGAUGCUGUCUGGAGAAAGCACCUCCAUCCUCCUUGGUCAUCGCUCAUCAAGGGUCAAUGUGAAAUGCAGAGUGCAUCCGGGAGAUUCUACCUCCAGCUGUCUUCAUGGCUUCCUCCCCACCAUCCUUCCUGAGAACUCUAUAGAAGGCUGGGGCACACAGCCUAGCCCCUGUCUCCCCUGCAGAAUCUGGUGCCAUUGCUAUGCAGAUGACUUUGUCGCUGGACUGUCCAGACCUCCUUGGGAAUUAUUUCAUCAACAUCUCAGCUGUCUCUUUAGUCGCUCUCUUCCUUCAUCUCCUCAUCAUUGGAAGAAGUCAUCAUUGAAAGAAACACACUCAAGCACAGCCUCACAGAGACAAACCAAAAGGCCAGCCAAACUCAGCCCCUGGCUUGUCAUGUCUGGGAGGGACUGAAGAGUCAAGCUGAAGGAUCUGGCUGGAAAUGGGAGGAGGGACACACAACUGACCUCAGCCCUGGCAUCUGUUUUUCCAUCAGUCCUUCUGUCUAUGGAUACAUCAUUAUAGCCAGCCAAGCAAACGUGUGCUCAGACGUGGGUUACCUAGAUGAGCAGGGGCUAUGGUGAGAGAUGGUCUAAUGGUGGGUCAUGGAAACCUGUAAUCUUGAAGGGACCUUAGAUGCCAUCUCCACCUAUGGUCCAGUCUCCUGCCAUAAGCAAGAAUGUCUCCUGGCAGCCCUGGUGUCAAGUUGUACACCACUGUGGGAGACAAGGAGAAGCAUUGUCUAAGGUGGGGUUGGGGAUGAGGGUUCCAUGGUGUUGCCUUCACUCCCUGAGCAUCAGGCAUCAUUCCCUGCCAUCCACUCAAAAGGGGCCCUGCGUGGAAAGAGGGGGAGCCACACCAUUUCCAGCAAAGUCUGUGAAGCAUCCUGUACUUUGAAUGCUAGCCCCUUUGGAUAUGAAUAUGUGUGCUGUGUGUGAGCUUAUGUGCACGCACGCGCUUGUAUGUAUGUGUAUCUGUCUGCCCCAGGAGUAGGCAGAGAGCCCAGAAAGAUUUCUUGUCCUGUGUGGGGGAUGUUGACGUGUUUUCCUUCUCUACCCUUGCUCAACAUUCCUCCUGCAGCUUUGGGACAUUCAGUGCUUGCCUUUGAUGCUGAGUGUGGAUGGGUGGAAGGAGAGGGCCCCCGUCUGGAGGAAAUCAGGGUCGUCCCUGGCCAAGGGAGGCCUGGACUUGACUGGAAGCCAGGUGAUGGUGACCCAGAGCAGGGCAUCAUGUGGCAUCAAGGAGGACAAACAGUGAAUAAAACACGAGUAACCUAACCAACAAGAAGAGAAUGGGAAAAUAUGCAUGUCGGGGUUGGGAAAAUAACCAAAGGUUUUGGCAGAUGAAGUGCCGGGUGAAGAAGCAUGGAAUUCCUACCCUGGAGCAUUUGACUUCCUCCCAGGCAGCCACGGGCCCUGGUAGGCCAGGAAGGAGUGUGCGGGAGGCGGGCUGACUCCUCGCCACUAAAAUAUUUUUGCACAUGUGAAGGGUUGGGGAGAAGAGAGACACAAACAUAUUUAACACAGAUUUGCUGAAUGGAAGCUCUGUGUGUGUGUGUGUGUGUGUGUGUGUAAGAGCAUGCAUGUGUGUGAGCGCGUGUAUGAGUGAGUGUGUUUUGAUUUAUUUUUUAAGUUUUGCACAGUUAGAGAAAAAGAUGAACAAGCAGAAAAAAGACUGUUAUCACGGUUCUGCGGAAGCUUUUCUUUUUUACCGCAUUAUUAUUCUUGUUAUUGUUCCUUUGUCGGUACAGAACUUUUUUUCUCCAUGUUUCUGUUGUAAGAGAAACUUCAGACACCUCAGAGAAUCAUAAACGUCAGGAAGAAAGAGGACGACCAUCUCCUGGCUCUCCUCGGUUCUCCUGGGGGAGGGCAUCUGACUUUAAUCGGUGGCUGGGUGUUGCUGGCACUUUAUCUCUGGCCUGUUAGGGAACAGAGAACUAGCACAGUCACGCUGAGCCACGACUCAUCUUGCCUGUAGAAAUUCUUUCCUUUGGCUAUUUGUUUGUUUUCCCUUUUUUUUUCGUUUGCAUCGUUGGUGCACGUGUGAUGCAUUUCAAAGUAAAGACAAGGCAGCAGUUUCAAAAAGCUGUUCUUUCCCCUAAAUCUUCUUCCUAAAACUCCCCUUGGCAUCCGCCAUCUCCUCCUGGCAGGUGAGAGACCCCGAGAGCUGCCCUGGCCGCAUGUGGGCCAGCACGCACCAGAGAAGGGAAUGGGGCAGACGGGGUCCUGUGGAAGGGAGGGCCCCUCCCUCUGUCACAGUGAACAUGCAGGGUCACAGUUCUGUUUAAGGUGGAAGCUUUAUUUGAUUCCUUGAGUCGAGUCCUGGGCAGAGCAGGGGAGAAGAGGCCGUCUCCCUCACCUCCCCCUUCAUUUUCACCUCCCGCAUCCUCCACCCAUUGAGACCACUAGGGUCCAAAAUGGUACCAGGAGAUCAGGCAGUCGGAAUAACUGAGCUGGGUUGGGUGGGAAGCUUGACUGUUGGAGGGAGAGGGGCUGAAGGCGGGUGGUGGUGGGCAGGUGGGGAGCUUGGGGUCCUGAAUUUAAAAGAAUGGACAGAUAGAAGCUGAGAAAGGUAGCUGUAGGCUGGUCGUUUCUGCUGGGCACAAGUCUCCCCAGGGAUGUGCUUUUCCAUUCUUUGUCCUUCCUUGUAAGGAGAGACCCUGACAUUCCUUGGUAACUGCAAGUGGUGCCAGUAAGUGAAGUUGGCUGUUGUGUCCGUUACUUCCUCAGGAAUUUUUUUUUUUUUUUUUUUUUUUGCCUUCUUUCAAUGUGGUUUUAAAUUUGGGGACUGAGAAUAACCUGAAUGUCCCACAGGCCAAGGUAUGUUUACACCUCCAGAGUGACGUGCACACCAAGAGGCAGCCCCACAGCCUCCCUCUUGUGAGCCUGUGGGUCAGUGAGUGGGGCCCAAGAUGCUUGAGAGAGAGAAGUCAUCCUAAACAGGUUCCAAAGUUUGAGGCAGACUGGCCAGGACUGUGCCCAGGCAGAAGCGUGAGUUGUCCACAGGUGAGGUCUCUGACCUUCCUCCCUCAGCCUCAGCUCUCAGCUCCCAGCCCAAAGUUAAUGUCGGUGUCCUGUCCCAGCGCCCACCACCCCAACUCCCCCCAGGUCCUCCCUCUCUUGUCCCCAUUGCAUGUCUGGCUUCUGAGUUUGCCCCUCCCCCAGCACAGAGGCAUGUGUCCCCUUGUCCCUCUUGCCCACCUCCUGCGUGCAGCCUCUGGCCCAAGGCCAUGUGUCCACUACAGUACAGGAGUUGCCUAGCCCCUCAGUGGAUAGCUCAGCCCUCACAGUCUAGCCCUCUGGGACGGCCCUGGGCUCCCCCACCCUCCCAAUUCUGCCUCCAUGAGCGGUCAGGGCUCCCUGGUCCAACCAAGGCCCUGUGGGUGCCCCACGAGAGAAGCCACAAGUGAUGAUUUCCCAAAUGACCUCUCCUCUAAGAGCCGAGUCCUGCUGAUGUUUCCAGAAUCCUCAACAAUGCUGGGAUGAGUCCAGGGAUUAGCAACCCCUGCUUUGACCUAAAAGGGAAAGCCUCAUUUUUCACCUGUCUUCUUUCUCAGGACUAAGGGGGCACUUCUUUUGGCAUCACAGGAUGCAAAGUCAAAUAUUUAACCUAGUGAAUGUUAAGGUUGAUCAUUACUAAUCAAGGACAAACUUUCCUGCCUCACAGCGAGCCCAGGAGGGAGAGGAGACGCAGGGAGGCACUCUGCAGGCAGAAGGCCGUAGACACUCCUUUCUCGGUCCUGGACCACAGCGCUUCAGGAAUGGGCCACCCCAGUGAGCAGUCUCAGCCCAGAGGCCUCUGAGAGGCCUUUCUGUGAGUGUAUAACCUCCAGGUACCACAGUCUCCACCAGCCCUCAGAGAGGACCCUGCUCCAGGCAGAUCUGACUCCUUCUGAGCCUUUCUUCUUGCUCCCAAUUCUCACCAAGAUCUCCUCUCAGCCCCUCACUCUUCCUGUCAGCUCAUAGGACGGGCUCCUGAGGGCCUCGACCCCUCAGCCCCUCCCUUUUUCUUUAUACUGUAUGUGGAGUGUUUAUUUGGGAUUUGCAGUUGUUUAUCUUUUGUUUGUGUAUUUUAAGAGUACAAGAUGAAGGAGGAAGCCCAGGUAUAAAGUCCCAAUUACUGGGGGGAGGAGAGAAACAACGUGGUUUACCUGUAACUUCCAAGGGGAUGAGGAGACCCUCAGGGCCAGUGGCUGGAGGGUAUUCCCCGGGUGUGGACGUGCCAGGGGAAGCAUCCUCCAUGGCUGCUAAUAUUCUUGGUGCUUCCCCUGCCUCUUCGAUGGCUGGAGCCCACAAUGCUGCUCCCUUCUCCUCCCAUCACCUCACCCCCACGGGUGGAACAAACAAGAGUCUUAUUUUACAGAGUGGGAAGCUGAGGUACAGCCACAGGGGACGCUGAAGAGGCCUCUCCUGAGAGAGGCUGCCCCACCCCGAGCCUCUUCUCCUCAUGGUGCUCGGAGGGUGGCCAGACCCUCCACUGCGAAACUAAAUGACCCUUCCUCCCGUUUGGAAAGGCCGCUCUGCGGUGAAAGUUUCAGACAUUCAAGGGAGACCAUUUUUUUUGUAACUAUAAAUCUUUGCUCCCAAAUACAAUUAUUUGUUUUAUUAGGGGGAGUAUCCAACUUUAUAAAAUAUAUAGGAUUUUGGCUUAUAAAAAUAAUACCUACUCAUUAGAGUCCCAGUUAAAUUUCUUGAGUAGACCAGUGACUACCCCAAAGCAAAACAAAACAAAACAAAAUCCCUAAUGAAUAAAAAGAGAUUUCUGUUUGUAUUGGCAGAGAUAGUGAGGUGGGCCAUGGGCCCGGGGGUCCUUGGUCGGCAAGCCCACCUUCCCUCCCCUCCGCCUCUGUUACUGCUGUCCAGUCCUGGCUUUCCGGGCUGCCCCUGGUGUUGGCGAAUCCUACACAGUUCUCAUCAGUCAACUUCCCCCAAACUGCAGGGAGAGCCUGUUAGGGAUGGGUCGGGGAAGGACCCAGGUCCUCUUCCCCGAGAAUGCAAACGUUCAUGGCAAAUAGGUGUAUGCAGCUCAUCUUCCACCGGUUUCUUUAUCUGGAAUUAGAACUUCUUCUGUUAGUAUCUUUGCUCUUACGAUGCAAGCACAUUUUGGAAGGGCUGCCUUACAAAAGUAGAAUUCAAAACAGGGCAUACAGUUAAAGAGCAAUGCAAAAGACACUUAAAAGACUGAGACCACUUUACCAAAUAGGACUCUUGAGCGCAAUUCAGGCACACGGCUGAGUUGGGAUAGUGUCCUCGUGUGUUCUUCUUCCCUCUUCCUCCCCCAAUAUUCCCGUCAGCUUGUUGGCUCAUUAAACUUUCCGUUCUUUAAAAAGAAAAGCUAGUUUACCUCAAAGAAUCUUGUUUCCAUUUGGAAACCAAUGGCUUUGUGUUUUAGAGUGGAUGACCCUCCUCUCCAUCACUGCCUGCCUGGGCCUGGUGUCCUUGAGGCCCAGGGUCUGGCUUAGUCACAUGUUGGCUGUGCUGACCAAGAACAAGAACCCCAGGCCCUGAGAUGGGAAGGAAGAAUUGGAUGCAGCUGCCCUCCUCCCCACUUUAGCUUGUAGAGACCAGCCUAUUUCUUCCAUCAGGGUCCUGCCAUGUUACCAUAGCAACCAGCAACUCCAGGGUACCGCAACAGACAAUGGCUUAGUGAGCCAAGGCGUGGAGGGAGAGGAGUUUGGCCUGGUCAGAUGACCCAGAGUGAAGUCUCAAACACUAGAGGAAAGGGAAGGAAAAGGAAAGAUGGAUGGGUGGUUUAAAGAACAGGCAGGGGCCUUUGAGCAUCAGAAAGAAGCCACCGAAGGGUGGUCAUUCCUGCUCCAGUCACCCCCUUCCCGCUGCGCCCCAUUUCAGUUUCCAUAAAGCUCCCACCUUGAACACUGACCCUUUGUUAGAACAAAGCAAAACAUAUCUUUAGACAACAGUGUUAUAAUGAGCCUCAAAGAUAGGUGGAUGAAAUCUAUUAGAGGAAGGGGUCUUCUGGUUUUGAUUUUUAAAGAAGAGUAUCCUAGUAAGAUUAAAAAAAAAGAUUUUAAAAAAAAGUUUUUAAAAAGGAAACCUAUGCUAUUUAAAUUGGAGCCCAGUUGUAACUUGGUAAAGGCAAGCUUCUGUACCUUUGUUAUAAUUAAUUGUAUACCUGUGUAUGUAAAUAUAAGGCAUUCCUAUUUUGCAGUUCAGAACAAAAAAAAACCUAUUUGUAAUAUAGAAUAAAGUUUAUUAAAAAAUAAUAAAACUGCA